AUGCCUUCGAAUGCGAGCGAGUGUGAGGUUUCUUCCCCCCUUGAGUACGUUCCUGGGUCUCCAGAUACCUCGAGCACACCCCCUGAAUCAGACGAUGAAUCUAUCUCACCCAACCUUUCCUUCAUGAAAGGGCGUGUCAGUUCAGCACGCAAAUCCGUGCGCAUUCCGGAUCUAUGUUCCUCGAUUCUCUCAACUGAACCUGUUGUCAACGCCAACUAUGAGAAGGUCAAGCUUGAGGCAGACAAUUGGAUCAAAGAGGUGUUCCAAUUUGAUGAGAACGCAGCCAAGAAGAAUGUCAAAGCUGAUUUUGCUUUGAUGUGCGCGCUUUCGGCUCCAUAUGCUGACGAAGAGGCCCUUCGCAUGAUGGUCGACUGGCACAAUUGGGUAUUCGUCUUUGAUGACCAAUUUGAUGAGGGUCACCUGAAAAACGACCCAAUCAAAGCCAAGGAAGAGUUGGAUGCUCACUGGGCCAUCCUAGAGGGCCGGAACCCACCGGUGCAGCUUCAUGAGAACCCAAUCAGAUAUGUCUUUCAGACGACCUGGGAUCGUGUUAAGAAGGUACAUUUGCAAGAGCAUUGGAAAGUUUCCCACAAAAUGUACUUUGAUGGACUUCUCGGCCAGGUGAAGGUAGCACAUUCGCAGUCUGCGUUCACACUCACUGUUGAUGAGUAUAUGAACUUCCGACGGGCUACGAUUGGAACAGAGCCAUCAUUUGCCCUGGUUGAGUACGCUCAUGACAUCAGCAUCUCACAGAAGUACCUUAGCCAUCCGUCUGUGCGAGAAUGCGAGCGAGUCUCUGCUGAUCUUGUCAUCUUCGUCAACGACAUCCUGUCAUAUCGCAAAGACUUGGAACAAGGAGGCGAGCAUAACCUCAUCUUGCUGCUUAGGGCCCAAGGCUUUAGUGAACAAGAAGCCAUUGAUCAGAUUGGCGAUAUGAUACUGGAGUGCUACCGAUCCUGGUACAAGGCGUUAGCGGAACUGCCAGUUUGGGGUGAAAGUGUGGACAAGGAAGUGCUCAGAUAUAUUGAGGCUUGCCGUACUAUCGCUCUUGGAAACCUCCAUUUCACUUACACGAGCGAGCGAUACCUUGGCAAUGAGGGAGCUCAAAUUCGUGAGACUCGCAUCAUGUCGCUUCCUGCCUAG